CUUUUAGCUAUUAGUGCAUCUAGAUUCUGAAAAAAGCCCAUUGGGCUUAAAUAAAAAAAAAGCCCGUUGCAGGUCAUCUUCCCCCAAAUCACAAAAAAUCCAAAACAGAAAGCUCCAGGCGGCGAUCGUCUUCUCCAUCCUCCACUGUGCUAGUGGCGUAACCGAAUCAACGACUAAAAAUGGCGUCACUGAAGGAGAUUCUAACACGGCGUCCGGUGGCGGCGACAGUCCGGCUAACCAUCCCAGCCGGGGGAGCAAGGCCGGGACCGCCAGUCGGUCCGGCAGUUGGUCAAUACAAGGUUAACCUAAUGGCAUUUUGUAAGGACUUCAAUGCCAGGACUCAGAAGUACAAACCGGAUGCCCCGAUUGCUGCCACGGUCACUGUGUUUAAAGAUAACACGUUUGAGCUCAGCGUGAGGUCUCCGUCGGUUACUUGGUAUUUAAAGAAGGCGGCUGGGAUUGAGUCGGGGAGCGGGCGCGCCGGACAUGUUGUGGCAUCGACAUUAACAUUGAAACAUGUUUAUGAGAUUGCUAAGGUCAAACAAGCGGAUCCGUAUUGUCAGUAUAUGUCGUUAGAGGCGAUUUCCAAGUCGAUUAUUGGGACUGCUAAGUCGAUGGGGAUUAAGGUUGAGAAGGAGUUGGAUUGAUAAAUGUUGAUCAGUGAUGUUAUGUUUUGUGUUUUGGAUGAAAUGUUUGGAUUCUGGUUUUAUGAAGUUUGUCAUAAAGUCUUCAUAUUUGAAGUUAUAGUUUGAUUUUAUGGUUUAUGAAAUUUUUCAGUUA